AUGGCAGACGCCAAACCAACCCGUCAGCCCAUCACAGGCUCAUGCCACUGCGGAGCUAUCAAAUACGUCGCUUUCCUAACCCUCCCCCAUAUUCAUAAUGAAUCAAACCCUCCAACCAAAAAGGACCAGCGUGUCUAUCGGUGCAACUGUACCAUGUGCCACAAAGCAGGAUUCUUUCACGUCAGCGUUGCCGACAAGACCAACGACUUUAUGCUUCUCUCGCCACUCGAUCCGCUACAAGAGUUGGGAGACUACUUAAUUCACGAUAAGCUGCUUCACUGGCUGUACUGCAAGACAUGUGGUGUGCGAUGCUUUACCUUUAUGGGAACCGGAGAGGUGGUAGACCUUGAUCUUGCUGAGAUGGGUGUACCGGGGUAUACUGAAGAGGGCAAGAAGACUCAAGUCUGGAGGGCUACAAGAGAUGGCGGUCAUCCUAAAUUUGGGACGUACUUGUGUUUCAAUGGGAACACUGUGGAUGCUUCCUCCAGGGCAUUUGAUAUGAGGGACCUGGUUGAGAGAAAGUGUGUGCAGUAUUAUGACUACUUGCCUGAUGAGGAUGAGGAGCAGCAGCCCAUGAGGUUUGGAAACCCGCAUCCAGGCGGUUGCUAUUAG